CAAGUAGCUUGUAAUGUUUUGCGGGAACGGUGGACUCGCACAGAUUCAAACAUGACAUUUAUUUUGCAGUAGAUAUCACGUUGAUAUAUUUGUAAUUCUCGGUCUGUUAUUUUGUCGCGAGGGAUAUCAUCGGUUCGCUGCUGUUCUUUUUGAUUGUCUUCCCUUCCUCAGACCGGUAAACAAAUACAGAGGUAUGAACAUGAGCAAGGCGAAGUCGAGUAGGGACAGAAGGAUCGCUCCGCCCGGCGUCACAAGGGUGACUCGCAGUUCCAUCAACCCUCAGGUCUCUCGGCGCUCUAAACCCACAGAUUCAGGCCUGGUGGAUGACCUCAGCCUCAUGAGCGUGAGUGAACAGCAGGCCUCAUUAGCACGGAAAGGGAAGUCCUACCAGAGUUCAUCUCCCAGCACUAAGGCCGUUGUCUCCUCGCCCUCUGGCAGCUCUGUCCCGUGCGGGGCUUUGGAAACUAUCGGCCGGCUGAUGAAGCUCGGCCGGGUGCGAAACAUUGUGGUGGUUGCUGGAGCAGGUAUCAGCACAGGCAGCGGUAUACCAGACUUCAGGACGCCAGGGACGGGUCUUUAUGCGAACCUUGCGAAGUAUGACAUCCCUUAUCCAGAGGCCAUCUUUAACAUCGACUACUUCUCUGACAACCCUCAUCCUUUCUUCUCAUUGGCUAAAGAGCUGUACCCUGGACACCACCGUCCAAACUAUGUUCACUAUUUCAUCCGUAUGCUGCAUCAGAAGGGCCUGCUGCUCCGUAUGUACACUCAGAACAUCGAUGGGCUCGAAAAACUAUGCGGUAUCCCAGAUGACAAACUUGUGGAGGCUCAUGGGAGUUUUGCCACUGCUGCCUGCCACCUCUGCUAUACGCCUUAUCCUGCCGAGGAAGCCAAGCAAGCUAUAAUGAAUGGCAACGUUCCCAUCUGUACAUUUUGUGCCGGGGCAGUCAAACCUAACGUCGUGUUCUUUGGAGAAGAUCUGCCGGAAAAGUACUUUCAACAUGCUCAAGAUUUCCCAAAAGCUGACCUUCUCAUGAUCAUGGGCACUUCUUUAAAGAUCGAGCCUUUUGCUAGCCUGGUCAACACCGUGAAGUCCACAGUGCCUCGUCUGCUGCUGAACCGUGAUCCAGUUGGGCCCUUUGAACGGAGGCCCCUGAGGAGGGCUGACUACAUGGAGCUGGGAGAUCUCUCUGAUUCGGUCCGAAAGCUUGCAGAGAUCCUGGGAUGGCAUUCUGAGAUUCAAGACCUGAUGAACAGCCAUGAAAAUGGGCUUUUUUCUUAUACUGACCCCAGCAAUAGCAGCGGUGAGAACAGUGACUCGUCAGAGACUGACAGCAUGCACUAAUGUCAUCUACAGGCUUUGUAUGUUUAAAAUCACGGAGUAUGGCAAUGGACACCUAGCAAGGCUUCAAAACCCACAGUGAUGUUUAUGUAUAUCCUUACAUCUGAAUAUUUUCGGAUAUCAUUGUUCUUACCAGUAGUAACAGCCAGUUUGACUGUAUCUGGGCAGCCUUUUCCUGAAACAGAUAAACCGCAUCCUUGUUUGAUCAGACAGUGAAACUUGGCCGUGUUUCUGGGGGGAUUAGACUACAUUUUUGUUGGGUUUAUAAUUAUUAUCUGCAUAAUGUCUGCCGCUCAUUUUGACUGAAAACCUGCUUCUGAAUUCCUUAUAAAUUCUAGCACUUAUACUCUUUAUGGAAAGCCAUAAUGAAUAAGCAGAAAACUGUAAUUACAUCACAUCUGCACAUCCCGAUUCAAAUAGAAAGACCUGUUUAGAAUGCAAAAUGUCUGCUUUUUAAGGUAAAAUAAAAGUUUUUAUCAGACCCUGAAAUGUGGGACUUAGUUUAGGACCACUAUGAAC